GAAGCUAUUGUUUUGCACCCUACCCAGGGCGCCUAUCUAGGGAGCGAGCAGACGUUUGGGACGGCACCCUCGCAGCGCUGUGUUGGAAUGCGUCGAGGAGACUCGUACUUCCCUGAAACAAGUUGAGGCGAAAAAGUUCGUUUUGGCGACAAAAACCGUGGAAAAAAGAAGAAACUUCCCGAAAAACUUCGACGGACAUCCGGGAGGGACAGAGGCUUGAGCAUGGCCUCUCAGACAGCAUUUAAUCUCUGCACGGACAUCUUCAGGACCUCUGGAGGUGCUUCACUGUCCGAAGAAUCAGAAGUAAGCGCAAUUCCUGGUACCGAACUUCCAGCACCUCAGCUUGUGAUGCUGGCCAACGUGGCCCUAAACACGGAGUCACCGCCAGAGGAAGAGAAGCAGAUGGCGGAACUGCAAAACGUCGGCUGUUGCGGCUACUCUGACAGCGAGGACGAGAUCGUGGGCCACUAUAGCUACGAUGAGACAUCGGAAAACAUGGAGGAAGAGCCAGAGAUCGGAGAAAACCGAGUAGAAAAGGUGAUUGAAUCCACCGAAACGGUUCCGACGGACCUUUCGAAGAAAUGUCACGAAACCGAAGAUUCCCAAACGCUUAAAGGUUCCGACGCCACGCCAAACUCGGCGAGCGUCCACGCGAAGAAAAAGAAGAAACCGUUCUACUGCAAGCCGUGCCACUUUCAAGCCGAGUGCGAAGAGGAGUUCGUCCAGCACAUCCGCGUCCACAGCGCCAAAAAACUGAUCGCGGAAAAGGCGGGAAACUCGGACGACGAGUCGAAUCCGGGACCUCAGAAAACGUCCGAAAACUGCGUCAAGGGCGUGAUCCGCUGUGAGCGCUGCGGCUACAACACCAACCGCUACGAUCACUUCGUCGCACACCUGAGGCACCACAAGAACGAAGGGGACGAGCAGCAAGUUUUCAGGUGCACCAUUUGCCCGUACUCCACCGUCAGCCAGUAUCACUGGAAGAAGCACCUGAGGAACCAUUUUCCCAGCAAGCUCUUCACAUGCGACCAGUGCAGCUACUUUUCUGACAGGAAGAACAAUUACAUCCAACACAUUCGUACACACACCGGAGAGCGUCCUUUCCAGUGUGUUUAUUGCGACUACUCGAGCUCUCAGAAGACCCAUCUCACACGGCACAUGAGAACACACUCUGGUGAGCGACCGUUCAAAUGCGACACCUGCAGCUAUUUGGCCGCCAAUCAGCACGAGGUGACCCGUCACGCCAGGCAGGUGCAUAACGGACCCAAACCCCUCAGCUGCCCCUACUGCGAGUACAAAACGGCCGACCGGAGCAACUUCAAGAAGCACGUCGAGCUGCACCUCAAUCCACGGCAGUUUCUCUGCCCCGUUUGCAAGUAUGCUGCGUCUAAGAAAUGCAACCUGCAGUACCACAUCAAGUCGAGGCACCCCGGGUGUUCGGAUAUCUCCAUGGAUGUGUCCAAGGUCAGGCUGAGGGUGAAGAAAGCAGACGGGGAGGAUCUGAAGCCGACACCAGAACCGAGGACGAGGGAUCGACGAAAAGCAGAGGCGUCCGAGGACGCCGAUUCGAACGUAGGCCCUAUCAACCUCUCUAUCAAAAAGAACGGAAAGACUACUUCGGACGGUGAGAGCGCCAAAAAGCCCACACCUGAACCCUCGAAAGAAAAAACAUGCGAGAAGAGGGCGGAGAAAAGAGUUGCGCCAAGAAACGAGGGGAAAGAAACGAGCCACAAGAAAGCAAGACUCAAAGAAACAGCCACCUGCAUCGAGAAACAAGAUGGAAAGAAAGACAAGGAGGUGAAGAAAGCGGAGAAGGUUGCCAAAUCUGCAGACAAAGUCACUAAAAAUCGUGCGAAAAAGGAAGAAAAGGCAGCAAAGGAAAAGAAAGAGGCCCUCGCCAAAAAUCUGGACGGUUCUGAAGAGGAUAAAAGAGCAGAUCUCGAGAAGAUGGAGCAGAAUCAACGAAUGGAGAACGAACUGAGAUCGAAAGAGCCGAAGCAGAGAGAGGAGGAGGAACAACAAGAAAGAAAGAGGCAGGAGGAAGAAAGGUUAGAGAGAGCAAAGAAAGAGAAAGAAAUUAAGCAGAGGGAGGAGGAGGAAAGGAGAGAAAGAGAUCGACAGGAAAAAGACAGACUUGAGCAAGAAGAAAGGAGAGAAAGAGAGAGGCUAGAGAAAGAAAUGAGGGAGAAGGAGGAGGCAGAACAGAGAGAAAGAGAAAGGCUGGAGCGAGAAAUGAGAGCGAAAGAGUUGAAGCAGAAGGCCGAGGAGGAAAGAAGAGAAAGGGAGAGAUUGGAGAGAGAACUGAGGGAGGAGGAGUUGAAGCAGAAGGAGGAAGAGGAACAGAGAAUAGGGGAGCGACUGAAGAAUGAAAGCAAACUCCAGAAAAAUGGCGUACAGAAAAGAGAGGUGGCAAAUGCCAAAGGCAUUAAAAAGGCACUAGGCACAAAAGCAACCAAAAAACAGGCGGCAGCAGUGAAUUGUGAAAAUGUGGAGAAGAUUCAGAAUCUUGAGGAACCCGAGCUGAAAACGAUGAAGCGCAAAGCCCCCUCUCCUCAGGCAGAGAAGGCCAAACGCAGUAAGCUAAAGGCGGCCGAUAGCACGAGCACGCCUGGAGGGGUGAAGAGGGGCAGGCCAAGAAAGACAAACAAGGCGACUGUUAGCGUUGAGGUCCCACAUACAUCUGUUGUGACCAAUGAGGCUGCAAAAACACUGGAACUUUCAUCAAAGCCUGAAAGUGUGCCGACCUCAACAGAAAAAGCUCCAAUCUCUACGAAAAAGGUGCCUCGUAGUUCUAAGAAGCUGCGCAUUACACAAAAUCUAACCGAGAAGCAGUCUUUAGAAGACACAGUCACGCGAGUGAAGGCCACCACGGAAGCAAAGGGCACCGUGGAAGCACAGACAUCUUCUGAUAUCGAUAGCGGGACGGAUAGUCCGACACUGGACCUGUCCAAACCGCCGUGUAGCAAAUCUCACGACGGCGAGGACGACGAGGGCAUCCACAGCCACGACGGGGGCAGUGACAUCAGCGACUGCGCCUCCGAGGUUAGUUACGACUCCGGGCUCAACGGGAAGCUCCCGGAAACACCGACCGAGGAACUUUCGUCGCCCACGCAGCUGCUCAGCCACACGUGCGUUUUCUGUGACCGCACGUUCCCACUGGAGAUGGACUACAGGCGGCAUCUCAACCGCCAUCUGGUUAACGUUUAUUACCUGGACACCGCGACGCAGGGGAACAAGUAGACUCCGGUUCUGCUUCAGGUUCAUGUCGGUCAUUUAAAAGUGCCUAGUAGUAACCAAGGCAGCUGGAAUAUCAUUCAAAGUCUGAUUUGAUUUCCGUCACCAUGACACACGGCUUCAGAAUUUCUUUAUGUGGAGGAGGACGGUUGGAACACAGGAGACGCUCUUUCACCGUGUAAUCAUGUGUUUCUUUUACAGCUUUUGUAAUUCAGCCCAAAGAAUGUUUUAAUUCUCUUUAUGAUUAAAUCUACUGCUUCUCUUCCCUUAAUGGAAACAUUUGUCCAACAAAUGAAAUGCUACAUUGUUCCCUUUGGACUGUAUACUGUAGGAUUCUCUUACUUGUUAGCAAUUUUAUUAAUUUUGUAGCGCAAAAAAAUAUCGAUCUUUACACUGUACAACUUUUUUUUUUUUUUAUGCCUCUGACAAUCAUUUUCACUUUUUGUUAAUGUGACAUUUUCUUUCCCAAUAUCUCUGCUAACGGUCCCUAAAUGGAAUUGCACCACUGAUCUAAUGUGUUUUUUUUAUUAAGUGCAAUAUUGUACAUUGGAUAUACCAAAGUGGAAAAAAACUCCCCUGCCCCACAUUCAACUCUCUUGUAAAAAAAAAACCAACAGAAAAACAGACCUUAGAUCGGAUUAGAAUAGCGAUUACUGUAAAUGUGUUUUAGAAAUGUUACUUACAAAUGGUUAACUGCAUAUUUCUUUUACAGAUGUAAUCCAGAAUGCUUUAUAGUUUCAAAUAUGUGCAGAUACUAACAUGUUAAAAUGUUGUGAUUCUGUGUAUGUAAUUAACCAAUAUAUCAAUAAAACGAUUGCACAAAA